AAGUACUUUUAGUGUGUACUAAACGAAUAAAAGGCUUGUUUUAAGACGUUAGUUAAACGGUGUAAGGAGGUUUGUGGGUCAAGAAACGGCGAAUUAUCUCCCAAAAGGAGUUGUGCGCAUGCGCAGGUCGAGAGCCCGCGUAUUGUUCAUACAUGAUGCAGGGAUCCACGUGCCAUGCAGCCGGGUUUGGAAUUACAGUCUAUAGAAAUACUAUAGUCUCCUGCACCUUAGGUGGCUCUUCUGUCUCCUGUCUUCUGUCGUGCAGCUCGUAAAAUGUAUUUGCAUCAGUAUAGUUGAUCUGGAAUACGCAAACCACCUAGCAUCAGCUGCUUUGAAGACCCUGCCCAUCUGGCCAGUCCUUUAAAGAUGGCUGAAGGCCAGAAGGCCACCGAACUCCCAGAAUGCCCCGCAGACUGCAGGGUCACGUCGGAAAAUCUGGACAUGUCCCUGAAACCUGAAGCCCUGUCCUCCAGCUCUCCUACAAUUGAGGAGCCAAUCAGCAUGCAGAGCCCCUCCAGGCCACUGCCCCCUGGCUUACUGUCCAUGCCCUGCCUGCUGAAGGAGCUGCGCCGGGACUCUUCCCCUGAGGCUCUGCCACCAGAAGAAGGCCCUGCCACUUCUGUCAUUCAGAUCUGCCCACAAGAGGACAGUGACUCCUCAGCCUACCUGCGUUCACCCUCGUCCUCUGGUCAUCUCGGUGAUUCGGACACUCUUUCCUCAGCUGAAGAUGUGGAUGUGGCUGACUCUAAGCCUGCCUCCUCUUCUCACUCUGACCCCACCCCCAGGAAAUCGUCACGCCGCUCACGGUCCGAGAGCGACGCGUCUGCUGGAAUUUCCAUGGUUGCCAAGAAAAACCGAUGUCAGGAAAAGCAGGCGAAUGGUGGGCGGAACCGAGAGCGGGGCAAGCGCAGCCAGAGACAUAAAGAGAGAAUGCGUCUGCUAAGGCAGAAAAGGGAGGCGGUUGCCAAACGUAAAUCUCGCCCAUUGGAGGACAGCAGCACUAGCGACAGCGAUGCCACUGCACACUCUUCGUCGUCAUCAUCAACAGCAUCAUCUGACAACGAAGGAGGGACAGUUGGUCUGCAUCCUCCAGUGGGGCCCGAGGUCAUCGGCCACUACGAUGUGUCAGACACACACUCUGAACAGGACCAGCAGUUGCACUCCCUCUCAGGUCCGGUAGAGGUGGCGCCUCCCCAGAUGGCUCUGCCGUUGUCUGACAGUGAAGUGGAGAUUGUCGGCGUACAGGAGAAUACCAGCGCUGUGUCAAGAUUUCCAAGAGGUGGCGUCAUCCAAUCUCUGUCAGCUUGGAAGCAAACAGCCAUGCCCCACUGGGCAGCCGUCUCUGCCCCGCCUGACUGGGCUCCACCCACAGAGGUGGUGGAUCUGACACUGGAUGAAGACAGACACAGAUACUUGCUGUGAUCCCAGAAUCUAGGCACUCUGUGUUUGCCUGAGUGUCUUUAAACAUAAAGUUUAUCCCUUUAUUUCUUUGGUGACAUUUCAGAAACAAAGUUUUUUUUUUUUAUGGUUUGGUGUGACAAUCUGAACUGAACUGAAUCCGACAGAUUUGUACUCUGCUGUCAUGCAUCAGUCUUGGAAAGCUUUGAAAGGCCACAUCAAGAUAACUGGUGACGAAAGUUUAGCUUCCUUGCGUGUAUGACUUCAUGUCAUGUAUGACAGGUAGCAGUACUGUAAUGGAAUCAGAUGUUACUUCAGGCACAAAGUAGUCAUAUUGUUCUAACAAGUCAAAGUCUGGUGAGAUUACAGCCUUGAAAAAAGGAAGAAAAAAACCAUGUUGAGCCAAAUCUGAUUUGCUCAGUUCACCGUAUCCAAAUGCAUAGCUGAACAAAAUUGUCAAAACUACUGUUAGAGAUAUACUGUAUGACUUCUUAUUCCAUUUGUACUACAGGUGCACUGAAAUUUGCCUUUUUCCCUGUUUCUAAAAAGACUAUCAGGUUAUAUCUCAAAUGUUUUGAGUAGUCGGGCAAACACACACAUGGAUGCCUGCUGUUAGCCUCAGGAGUCUUCAACCCUUUGCUGUAACUUACUGCAAAGCUGCUUUAUAGUGUAAAAAUAACAGAUUUACUCUGAGAAUAGCAAUAGCUCAGUUAUUUUUUGUGUGUGAGAGAGAAAGCGCUACAGAGAGAAGUGUUAUCAAACUGUUUAAUGCUGCUGUUUGAGUGUAUGUUUCUGUGUGUGCGUGUUUGAAAGAGGUUCUCUACACUAGAUCUCGAGAUCUUCAGGCACCUUUGCCUUCUGAAAUUUUAGCACAGAACAUGGCCUUUAUGCCAGUGGAAAAGAAGCAUUGGCUGGUGAAAAAUCUUCGAAAUUUGUAGUCACUAUUUUUUAAAGUAGUAACUGAGACUAGUUUAAACUGUGUUUAAUAUCCGUAUUGAUCUAUACGAUUGUAUAUUAGUUUUGCUAUAUCAUGCUUUUCCAUAAUACAGCGUUAGAUGUUAAUGUUAAUAUUGAAAAUGUUUUGUUCUGACAUGCUUGAAUGAGGGUUAUUAAGAGGGAAAUACAUAUUUCCAUAAAUAGAUCUAAUGCAUUUUUGCUGUGGUUAUUUUAUUAGAUUUUUUGUAUAAUCAAUCACAUCAUUUAGCUUCCUCUUCGGACUAAAAUUGUAUGAACAAGCAAAAUUUGUCUUGUUUGCAUAUGACGUGGAUUUUUCAGCAGAAACAAAAGUUUGCCGUUGCCGAUACAACAGUUAGCUCUGCACAGUGGUAUGAAAAAAAGGAGAAUGCCUAUUAUUCUCAUCUUGUGUUAUUUAUGUGAGUAUACAUAUAUUUUGUCUUUCAGACACUUCUGAUGUCAAUGAUCAGCUGACCUAAUCCUUCAUUGUCUGAAUUUGGUGUGUUGGAGAAGGGAGAAACGGAAAUUCCUUUAUGGCUGAGAUCGAAACUUUUGUACUAAAAGAAAAGAGAGCUAAGCGCUUGACUGUAGUACCAGCAAUACUUCAUAUGACUGGUUUCUAUUAAUGCACUUGUUCUAGUAUGUUAUGGGAUCUGUAGUGACAGAUACUUCAUAGGGAUUUGGAUGGUGGAUGAUCCAUGGAUUUAAAGCCUAAUAAUAAACAUUUUAAAAUGUUGAUGUGGUGAAGCUUUCUUUAAGGAAACAUCUGUUUAACCUUUAUCGAAGGACUUUUAGGUGUCGGUGCUUUGUAAUGGUCAUUAACAUUUCUAUAUUGGGAGAAUCUUUAGGAUUACAAUUUUCUGUUUCGCAGUAACAAGAAAGAGAUUCUGAGGAAGAGAAUGAGAGUUUACUGCUGUUAUAAUGGAACUGAGAAUAGGAAUUAAGAUGUCUUGCGGAUAUCCCACAGUAUUAACUGUAGCUAGCUAUAAAUGUAUGAUCAUAACUGCUGUGGUAUAAGUGGAAUAAAACAGUUCAGGAAGUGCCGUAUUUGGAACGUAAUCAACUCCAGGUUGGACUUCGUAUCGAGCUGUCACCAGGCCCGUUGAUUGUUCUUGUAUAUCGCAGUUUCUCAACACUAGUCCUGGAGUAUUCAGUUUUCUGUACAUUUUUGUUUAAUCCUGCUUCCAACACACCUGAUUCAACCAAUCAGCUAAUGAGCUGCCCUUCCUGAGUUAAGGUAGUUGUGUUAGAGUAGGGAAAACUCUAAUAUUUGCAGGACAGAUGAUAUUCCAGAUCCGUGGUUAGGAACUUCUAUAAUAAUAUGCUGCAUUCUGUUUUACAUAAUGUAUGGCCCAUGUAGUGUGUUUGUUUUAGUUCUUUUGAGAGGUUAUAUGUCAACCAAGAUGAAAAAAACCUUCUGUUCUGUUUAUCCGUAUUGCCCUUUAAGAGAGGUCGUAGAUCCAUACCCAUUUUUUGUUGCCCCUUUUACUUACCACAACACCUACGCUAACCACUUUCUGCGUAUAACUGCACCUUUCCCUUGUAGGUUGAGCCAUGUACUGUAGCUGGCACCCGUUAUUUCCAUCAUGUUCUUCAUUCCUUACUGGUAGUAAGAGCUGGAUAACUGGAAGCAGAAUUGUUUAAAAAGUAAAAAAACAAAAAAAAGCACCUUAGCUUCCUUAUAAUUUCACAUCAUAUUAAACCUGCCAGUAUAAUAAAGAUUACAGCAUACUAGGCGUUCAAACCUGUGACCACAAACUGAGAGAACCAAAGCUUCAGAGGAUCCUAUUGACUUCAACACCUUUAUUCACAACUUGAAUAUUGAUGGAAGAUUGUGUCUGUGUUUUUUCAGAUUGUAUACACAGAUUUUAAAUAGGAAUAUAGAUGAGUUGUUUACAUUCGAGGCUCAGUUAACACAUGCAGGAUGUAUCAAGCUCAGUCCACAGAUACGUUGAUGUAAUAAUGAAUGAAUUAUAGGAACUUUUCUACUUUAGUACAGCUCACUGUGUUUAAACAAAGGGAAUGAUUUGAUAAGGUCCAGGUUACACUGUAUACACCCUGCACAUCAGUUUGCUGUCCAAACAGAUCAACAGCAAUAAGACCAUAGUUUUAGGGUUCAAUUAGAUUUUUAUACACCACCCCGAUCGAAUAAUUAUGAUUGUCUGUUCUCCUCACAUUGUGACUUAUUUUGGCAGUAUGUUAAAUUAUGGACAAUAUAUGUUAAUAUUUUUUUUUUGCUUCUCCAAGUUCUCUAUUUCCUUCAAAUUAUGAAUAUUAGAAUAAAUGGAACUAUUUUAAGAUAAUAAAGCUAUUUAAAAAGUAA